AAAUGAGAAUUAUAGCCUAUUUAGGACCUAGAGGAAGUACUUCUGGAUGAAUGUCUUCCUGUCCCCAUGUCACAGUUUAAAGAUUCUAUACAGUAAGUUUACUUGCCAGUCACACCCAUACGUUCCUCCUCUGUCGCUGCUUCAUCCAGGCAGGAGUGAAUCUACUGUAUAGAAUCUUUAUAGUGUGUCUAUGUCAUGUGCCAAAUACAGGCCGUAACGAUGGACUACUAUAUAGGCCUGUAGACUGGACAGAGAUAUAAAUUCGUCCGGUAUAAACGUAUUGACUUACCAUAUACCAUGUCAGCGGCUGUUGCUUUCACCGAGGGGCAUGGCCUAGAGUUUUAGACCACUGCUUAGCAUUCGGGAGGACGCCGGUUCGAUUCCGGGUGCAUAUGCCAUGGUCCGAGUUUUUCUAUAGUUGAUGCUGUCCAAAUUCGGGUUCAAAGGCCAUCGUCGGUUAGAGUUGCUUCCUAACGUUCCGCUUGACGCGCUUGGAAGAAGCUUCAGAGAUCCUUCCAUUUCCGAUUGGACUCAGUCCACAUCUAGCAUCGGAAAUGGAGGCGACCUUUAGACCCGAACCAAGACAUCAGCAGUUCACCUACUGGCGACGAAAGUUGUUGCCAAUUGGUCGAUGUCGGUUGUUAUUUUAAGAACAUUAUGUUGUAACAAUUUACGUAAAAGCGUAGUUCUGUGCCUCCAUUUAUUUUUGAGAUAUACUUUUUCUUCCAAAAUGGUGAAUCUUAACAAAACGCCACUAAUUACAUCUCAUCAAAAUAAUAGCUAGAAUUAGAUUCUUCCCACAGUACUGACUCAGGCAUUCCAGCAGCUUGGAAAGAAAACCUAAAAGCACCAAUUGGGUGUUUCACUCCAAUCAGCCAGUAAUGCUGGUCGGCGGGCAGUCCCUCCGGACUACUCUGAAAUGUAGGGCAUGAAGACUCUCUUCAGCCUUCUUUCAGAAAUAGUGGGAAUGGGUGGGUGGUAGUUCUGGUGAGAAAAAUUAGAUGGAUGAAAUGAAGACAGAAGAUAAUGAAGGAUUAUCUCGGGAAUUUUACUGCCCCAGCAUUUGCUUAAGUGAUCCAGGGAAACCAUAGAAAAAAUUGGACCAUGGCAGAAUAGAAAUGGCUUAAUUAAUGUUUUUCGUUUUAAUUUACAAAAUCCUUAUAAAUAAUCUUCAUAAAAACCUUAACGUAUAAUUUUACUACAAAACGUUCAAUUUUUUUUAAUAGAACUGUAGGUACACCACGGUUUCGUGUAAGAUGAUCCAUACAAAUGCUAAUCGAUAACAUUGUAACCUUAUCUGCUUCAAAGGUUUUGUAGUCUUUUCACUGUUUCUGUAUUACCUAACAGAUUUUUCACUCCAGUAAGCAGUUACUAAUUUUCGUAAUCAAUACGUUUUCUUAAUACCACAAAAUUAGAUCACAGGCAAUAUUUGCACAAGUGUUUUAACGUAAUACUUUUAUUUCGAUACGUAUUACGUAAAUAUCCUACUUUUUACGUUUUUUGAUAAGUAGAUGCAAGCUUAAAUGCCCAUGGAAAUUAUAGAACCAUGGAGGAUAAUGUUGCAAAACUGGAAUAUCAAUAUUCCCCAAGUAGAUGGUCCAAAAGAUGUGGUGCCGACGAAAUUAUAAAACGCCAUGUCGAGUUUGCCACUAAAGAGAGUGAGAACAAUAAAAACGAAAUCCAAUGCGAACUAAAUGUAGCCUAUGGCAAUUCUUUGGGGGAAAAAUACGACAUCUUCGGGACAGAUUUGCCUAAAGAGGCGCCUAUAUUAAUUUAUGUACACGGUGGAUUCUGGCAAGAACUGAGCAGAAAUAUUUCAAGUUAUCUAGUGAAACCAUUUCAUAAAAAUGGGAUUAAAGUGAUUAUUUUAGGAUAUGAUUUAUGUCCUAAUGUAACUUUACCAGAAUUGAUUAAAGAGAUAAGAAAAGGUUUCGACAAAUGUCUGGAAUAUGCAGUUACCAAUAAGUCUGUGGGCGUUUCUCUUGCAGGUCAUUCCGCCGGGGCUCAUUUGGUAUCUAGUUUAUUCAUGAACAUUUCCGAACACAUUGAACAACACGAGCGUAUAGUGAAAACGGUUUUCUUGUUCAGCGGCAUCUACAAUUUAGUACCAUUAGUUGGUACAUACAUUAACAUUCCACUAAAAUUGGACAGUGAAGCAGCAAUGAAGUUAAGCCCUCUACAACACGGAAUUGCAUGGGGAGAGAAUGUUAAAUUCUUCGUACUCGUCGGAGAAUAUGAAAGCAGCGAGUUCCAUAAACAGAGUAAAUUAUAUCAUGAAAAACUCAAGAAAUUGGAAUAUGAAACGAGACUGGUAGUAGUUGAUGGAGUUGACCAUUUCGAUAUUGUGGAACGACUGAGUGAACAGUCAUUUUUAAUCACCAGUUUGAUGCUACAGGAAAUAAGAGAUCGUCUUAAUAUCCUGGUAGAGACUGGAAUUAUCUUGAAAGAAAAAGGAUACUCUGAUUCCACAUCUGCAUGUAUGUUGCCUUUCGUUACCCUUUGCAUCGUCUAAAUAUCCUGGUAGAGUCUGGAACUAUCUUGAAAGAAAAAGAAUACUCUGUUUCCACAUCUGCA